AUGGUCCAGCUUUCAUCAUUGUUCGGGCUCCUUUGCAUCACCUGUGCAGGAUGUGCCAAAAAUCGACGAUGUCAAUGGAAGGACAUUCGUUACGACAUCAGCGAGUGCCACACGGGCAAGUCAGGAGGCGGCCUUAUCCGGGAGGCUUUCGCCUACGUGGAGCCAGGCAUUUGCAAUGCCAGCUUAUCGAACAGCAUUCUUCCGCGACCGAAAGUCGACCUCCCUUGCGAUGAGCCAUGUGAUGAAGAUCACUACCUCAAGGUGACAGCUGUCUACAAACAAGGAAAGCUGCGUGCAGCUCACGGGGAGUUGGAUGUUAUCUGCACCCGCUGUCCGAGAGGGCGCUUCUCUCUGGGCGGUGGUCGCUAUGUCGAUGGCUCGAAGGGUGACUGGGCCAGGUCUUGGCCGGAAGGGAUUUCGACGUCGUGCCUUUACCGCGAAGCCGAUUCCCGCUGGACAGUGGGAGGAGGAGCUCGGUUGGCUUGUGUUUUACACCUGGAACAUGAUGGCCAAGCCGAAGCUCUGUCGGCAGAGACCAGGUCUGGCACCUGGAACCGCAACUUGCCCGACGUUACCUUGGAGGUGCCCUUUCGCAUCAUCGACGGAUUGGCCUGUGACUCACUGAGUGGGGACAGCUCGCUCAUCGGUGCCGCAGUUCUGGUUCUACGAGGCACGUGCCCGUUCUCCACCAAAACGCAGCAUCUGGAAGCAGCUGGCGCCAAGGCUGUGAUCGUGUACAACAACCUCUACAACAGGCCGCACUUUAUCCCAGCAGCUGCACCAAACAGCACUGCUGCGACAAUCCCGAUCUUCAUGGUCACCAGGGAGGAUGGUGAGCGGAUGGUGACCGCAGCGGAAGAUGCCGCUUUAGAGGGCGAGUCGCUGCAGUUGCGAAUACCGAGUACUCGGUGCAGCGUUGACAGGCGGGAGGCUGCGCCGACAACGAAUCACAGUCAGAGCUCCGGAAGUUCGGACUCCUGGGAGGCUUCCGAGAAAGGUUGUGCGCUUUGGGCCGCUGACCCUGCGGGCAGCUUCCUGUACUCUGGGGACAACCGGCGCUUCCACUGGGUGUUCUCGUACCUCACGUAUUCAGUGCGCUUUGUCCGCGACGGCUACAUUCGCUUCCGCUAUGCUGUCGAUGCAGAAGCGGGCUAUGAUGGCCUCAUCUUCGAGAUGGACGGAGAACCCGUUUGGAAUGGAUCCGUCCGUUCUCAAGUGGCUCCUUGGCAAGAUGUGCGAUAUCCUGUACCUCGUGGCUCCCGCAGUUUUGCGUGGGUCUACAAGAAGGAUUUCGGAACAUCAUCCGGGGAAGAUCGCGCACGGCUGCAGUUGCUGGAAGUAUCAGGUACGUCCCAUGCCGAUUUUUCAUGUCGCAGCUGCUCGGUGCUUAGCAGUCCCGGGAGCCAGCGCUGUCAGACUUGUGGCCGCGACGAGUAUGCAGAGGUGCAAUUGGAGCGCAUUAGCUGUCGAAAGUGCCCGCCGGGUUCAUGGGCCCCGGCUGGCAGCGUUGGCAGAGACUCCUGCCAGGUCCGGCGGACUUGCACAGUGCAAGAUGUACAGAUCGUCUACCGUGCGUGGAAUGGUACUGCAGAGCCGUCAGACUCCAUUUUUUGCCGUGGUAACAAGACUAUGGUGCAUGCUCUCUGGCGGCAGCCCAAAACUUGCCAGACCACGUCUACAGCAGACGAAUUGGCUGGCAUAACAGCCAACAACAGGGUCCGUGGCUGCCCGGCCUGCCAGCCGUUUCAAUGGCGGCCCCGCGGUGGCAGUUGCGAGAACCGUCCUGCACGAGCUUGCCCAGCGCCAAAGUUUGCGCUGCCAAUUCUGAAAGUGAACCGAUGGGAGGUGUUCCCAGCAAACUUUACAUCUUGGAUAUGGGGUCGUCCAUCCGUCGAGGACCAAUCGCACUCCUGGCAGCUCGCCCCUGACGGCUCAGCCGUGGAGGUUGGAACGGCCUUCCUUGGAGGCGGCGGCGCAGAAGCGGAGGCGCUUCUGUCAGCCAGGGCAGAUCAAGCCAUUCUCGGGCUCGAUGUGUCCUUGGCCAGCCCCGGUGCGCUGAAAUUUACGUUGGAGGAGAAGCCCGCUGGAGCUUGGUCCUCAGCAGGAGCCCUUUAUGUCGACCACGAACCUCGAGAGCCUCAAGAAGUUUCUGUCGCGGGAGGACGGCUGCAGUUCAAGUUGCGCAUGGAACCUGGAUGGCACUGGGUGACGUGGGUGUGGCGCUACACUGGUCCAAAGCUGGAGGAGCAGGCGGCCGAUGCCAGCCUGCAGCAGGAGGGAAGUGGCCUCCGGCUGCUGGAAGUCUCCGUGACCAAUGCCUUAGGCGCCAGCCAGUCUGGGCCCUGCCGAAGCUGUCCCCCGGGCCGCGGCCUGGUGAACGCCACUGAGUGCCGGGCGUGCCCGCCUGGUUGGAGCACAGCCAUGGACGGCGGCGAGCCAGUCCAUCAAGGCUGCAGCCGGUGUCCGGCCGGACGUGCAAGCAGCGGUGACCGCGGUGCCGGUUCGCCCAGCUGCAAACCCUGCGGCCGUGGAACCUUCAGCGAUCCAGGCGCCAGCUUCUGCAAGCCGCUGGCAACGCUGGGUGGUGAAGGGAGGCUGCAGUGGAGUACAGAGGCGAUCCUGGCUGCCUGGCCGAACUCCUCGCAGACGGCAAGUGGCCUCCGAGGUGUUCAGGUGGAGGAUCGGACCUACUACGUGAGCCUGCUAGAGCCGAAGCGUUUUCCAGGGAUUUCACUGCCGUUUACCAAUGCGGCAGCUUUUGUCUGGGAAGUUUUACCACCCAGAAUCAGCAACGACGGAGAUGCGUGUGAGUCCACUGCCUCGUCUCUCUCGUCUCUGCGACCCUUCGCCGAGACCUUGGAGCAGGUAGUUCCAAACGAGGGAAUGCCUGCGGGCCUCUGGCUGAACUUCGCCGGCAGCUGCGAGAAGAUGGGAGAGGUGACGAAGCGGGAACUACACAUACUGCUCAGUUGUCGUCCAGACGCACGACGUGACAACCUGGACAUCAAGCUUCUCAGUGCGAUGCGCCCACCGUCUCCAGGUGGCUGUGAGGACCUGGCAUUGGAAUGGUCAACGCCUGCGGCGUGUCCUCUGUGCCAAGAAGGUGACUGGGAGAUGACCGUGCCAAACAAGUGCGAUCCCGUGAAAGGCCAGCGUGUCACCCACGUGGCACCCAGCGGCUGCAGAGGCGGCGUCCCGAAACCGCCGGAUUCCUGGCGGCCCUGUCCCGGGGUGAUCAAUAUCCUCGCAUUUGUCAUCAUCGCUGCGUUGGUUGGGUGCAUUCUCUGUUGCCUCAGCUGCUACGUCCUGAUCCUCCGUAGGCGCUACGCCCGGUACAUGGUCUUGGAGGAGCCCCAGGUGAACGGAGUUGCUCCGUCUAGCAUCGGAGUUCCUGACAGCCCCCACCCCGACUUCAAGUGA